CGUACCCCCACCCCGCAUCCCCAUCCUACCCUUUUCCUGCAUCCCUUUUCCAUUGCAGCGUCAUGGAGCUCUGCAGCAUCCUCUUGCUCGCCAUCCUCAUACCAAUUUGCCUCAUCCCGGCAGCACCUUUUGCUCAGGGGCUGUCAGCGAAUCAUCCUCUCCACCAUCGCAGCAAACAGAAUGCCAUCCCAUUCCCCCGGGACGACACGCACGACAUCCUUGACGCUGCUUUCGUCGAGCUGGGGAACCACCUUGAGCGCUCUGGCCUGAGUGUGGAUCCCGCCGAGCUGCAGCACUAUGCAGGCACAGCAGCCAAGGCGCUGGCGAAUCUCAUUGAGUCGCACGAUGGCAGCGGCAGGGCGGCGCCGUCGGCACACUCGGAACAGGAGGCCCUCAGUGUUGGGCGCGGUGGCGGUGCCAGCGUCGGCUUCCCGCAGGACGACCUCGGUAAGUCGGGCAAAGGAGGACAUAAAACGACGCGAGACCUCUGGUUAUUCCUUCGUUCGUCCAGUUCACCAGGUGCAGAGUCUCGUGGAGAAACAUCUGGUCAGAAGGAGCGAGAGAAGAGAGCCCCAUACGUUGCAAUGUCUACACCUAGCUGUAUGUGCAGCUGAUGUGCGCCGAGAUGAUUCUCCGCAAGGCCACGGUCCGGUGCGACGCUGCCGUGUGAGUGAGCAACACGCAACAAACACAAACAUAGGAGACACACACACACACACAACACAUCAAAAUAAGCCCUGUCUGUUCUCUCGGUGCUCUGUGUGUUCGUUCCUUUGUGUCGUACGUACACGGCCUGUUUGAACUGUUCGAUCGUGAAGGACGCACCUGCAGAACAUCCUGGCCUCUUCACAGAAACAAGUCGCCUUCGGCGCACAGGUAUGCAGGACACAUGCAAUUCACCAACUGCUUUUGUGUCGUCCCCAUUUUCUCAGUCUCUCAAGACCACCUCUCCGUUGGCCACGAUGGAGGCCAACCUUCGGCGCAGCAUCGAGCAGUGCCAGCAGGCUAAAGCAAAGAUCAUAACCAUGACGGUCAGCCGAGAGAGACAUGCAUGCGCUGCCGUCCACUGCCGCACGCGGCUGUCUUGUGUGGUCCUUUCUCACCAGCGUGAGCACGAGAAGAAGGCCUGUGACGAGCAGGACGCACUCAGGGCAGAAAUUGUAUACAGAACCGACACAAUCGAUCAAGCCAGAGGGUCGAUCAGUGUACUGACGGUGUUUUCCGCUUUGUUUGCAGGAGAGGCGCCGCGAGGAGUUGCGACAAAUCAAGACCAAACUCGACGAAGCCUUCAGGGGAGACACACUGCAAACUCAGGUGAGACACCUCGAUCGAUCCUCACCAGUUUGCCGUGUGAUGCUUCUUCCGCCAUCAUGCAUGUGUCAGGGCCACAUGGGCUCCGCCGAGUCCGCGUGCUGCCGGCAAGACAAGCUGACGGACUGCCUGCUGCCAGCCAUGGAGGCCGCCCCAAACCCGCUGAUGCAGUGCAUCGAGACACACAUGUGCGUGCCGGAUGCUGGUGCAGGACUCCCCAUACAGAUGCUUGAGAGGGGUGCCAAUGGUGAGGAGAUAGAGAGGACGGGUCACGCAUCGCAUCAUGAUACACUGGAAUGCGUGUUUAUGACUCAGAGUCGGCUUCUGAAUUGCCAAGCGACAUCACGUGUAAGAGAGAGGCAGAUCGAGCGACCGAAGCCUGCCUUACACGUCUGUCGUUUCCGUUCCAUUCAGCCUUCAAUGAAGAGGCCAGGGAGUUUGAGGAAUCCUUCCCUAAGGCAGACGACUCGCAAAGGAACAAAGGUGAGCACACACCAAACCCAUAUAUACACACGUACAUGGUGCGUAUCCUCACACGGGCCUCCUCCCCUCCCUCUCCGCCACGGACACUGGACUCACUCAAGGCCCCGGCGGCACUGGUCCUCACUAUGACCCCAAAGACAUGACCUUCGACUUCAUGAGGGGCGUUCCGGGGCUGCCUGAGCGUCGCACACUCAUGACGGGCUCGCCAGCACUGCUCUAUCAAAGCCCAGUGGUGCCCCGGGCGAGGUACCCCGGCGGCCGGUACUUCUCCCGGUUCAACAAGCCUGGCAGUGGCGUAUACAUCAACGACCCUAACAACACGAUGGGGUUGACCCCCAUCACCAAUAGAAACAUCGCAUUCGUGCCGUACCCGGCAGACGGGGACGCCUAUCACCCGCUCAAGCAAAGUGCGACAGAGGGAGGGAGGGGGGAGGCCACAAGCAGUGCGUGUGGCUGAUGAAUGGAUCAAUGGAGACACUCCCAGUUGGUGUAUGUUAUGUAUACUUAUCUGUCGCGCUGUGUGUGAACACCGUAUGUGUCGCAGGUGACUUUAAUGUCGAGAUGCACAUGGAUCCUGUGCCAAUCCGCGAGACAGGAUCAUUGCCCAUUGGUGCACUAACUCUCUAUCGAUGGAUUGCACCGUCCGACUACACUGUCUGUCAUGUGUGUCUGCCUGUCUGUGUCUUCCUUCCGUCUAUUCAGACAAUGGGGUGCUCUCUGGCAUCGCAGGGAACCGAAUGGGUUAGUUGGUUGGCAAGCAUACAGAGAGACGCCGAGAGGCAUAUGCAUGACACGAGACAUGAGACAUGCAAAGGAUCCACCCACUCAUGUCCGUCUCUCCCUUGAUUUCUGCUCUCAGUCAACAGCAGCAUGAAUGCCCAUCUGUCCCUCAUUCAGACAAGUGCGUGACUGAGACUGCCCCUUACCUCUAUCUUCCCCUCUUCUGUUCUCUCUCUGUUUCCUUUCUGUCUGUCAGCGAGCAACAUCACGGCUCCUGAGAACCCUCUGGCUGAGUCCCUCAAGCCCAACAGCAUCGCAUCACCCGUGUAGAUCCACCGUACGCCACCAGCACAGCAUGCACGAGAUGGGUACGCAUUUUUGUUCAUUUGUGCAUCUGGCCAUGUGUGUGUCUGUCUGCAGGCAGGACCACAACUGGGUCUAGGGAUGAACUCUGUACGAAGUGGAUCCAAGACCCUAGCCAUCCACGGUUCAAAGAUUUGCCAGACGGGGAGUACUGUGGCAAGACCGUGAGCGGCGCUGAGUCCUACUGCAAGAGAGGUGAGUGCCUCUUAAACGGUGUCUCCAGAGCGGCUCGCUGUGCGUGAAUCCAUUAAGCAGUAUAUGCAUACGCAUUGUGUGUGGCUUUCCUGCAUGCAUGCGUUAGAAAGCGUCGCUUGAUGUUAAAGAGAUACAUACCCAUUGGCCGUUCACUAGCCACAGGAGGUCGUCUCUAUAUAGCUAUGUCUAUCGACAUUCUCACGGCUACACAAGCAGACUGCACGCCACUGGACCCCAAAUAAAACGAAAAUGACAUGAGCGUCUCCUUCG